CUUAUCUCCUUAAUCGAUCUCAUAAUUAAGGUAUGGCUUUGGUUGGUAAGCUUGAAACAGAAGUAGAGAUAAACACGCCUGCUGAUAAGUUUUACAAAAUAUUCGCGAGCCAAAUAAUGCACCUACUUCCUAACGUCUCCUCUGACAAAAUACAAGGGGUUGAGCUACAUGAAGGUGAUUGGGAGACUGCCGGUUCUGUCAAGCAUUGGGAUUAUACCUUGGACAGGAGCUCAUUGAGUUUAAAGGAGACAGUUGAAGCGAUAGAUGAGGAAAACAAGACAGUGACAUUUCAACGUUUUGGAUGGAGAAAUAUUGAAGCAUUACAAGAGCUUCAAGGUCACAUGGCUCAAAUAGCAAACAUAGAAGUCCAAGCCGAGAUCAAAGCCAGUGCUGACAAGUUCUACGAAAUCUUUCGUAGCAAAGGGUACCUUUUGCCCAAGAUCUGCCCUAAUAUUAUAAAGGAUCUACAGGUGCUUAAAGGUGACGGCAGCUCUGUGGGCUCAAUCAAGCAAUGGACUUACGUUGCUGCAGGAAAUUUUUCUGAGGUUUCGAAAGAGACAAUUGAAUCCAUAGAUGAGAAAAACAAAUCAAUCGCCUUCCGAACGGUGGAAGGAGAGGUCACGAAACACUACAAGAGUUUCAAGGCGACAGUUGAAGUUACACCAAGGGGUAAUGGAUGCAGCAGCAGCUCAUCAGUGAAAUGGAACAUAGAAUACGAGAAGCAGAAUGAGGCUGUUCCGGCUCCUAAUAAGUAUCUGGACUUUGUGGUCAUUCUCACUAACAAUGUUGAUGCCUACCUUCUCAAUAAUGCGUAACAGAUGCUAGUACAAUAUUACCCACAGCUGGUACAAUUAGCAUAUUAUUGGUUUAGUAAAGAAAAACAAUAUACAUUUAUCAGAUCGAUCUGACGUUAAAAAUUGUUGCAAGACG